AUGCGAUGAGAGGCCUACUUCACACACCGUUAUAACAAUUAUCACUGCCAUUCCCAUGGCAUUGGCAUGAUUGGAUCCAAAUAGUGUAGGCCUAGGCAUACUUCGAGAACUCGUCGAAGUCACAAAACUCCGUGAUACUCCGUGUGCCUUUGAGGAAAGAAGGUUUACAUGAAGUCGUAACCCUAUGGGGUUUUGGAAUCGAAUUUUUGUGGUGAAACGGCAUGAACGGAAUGACAGUCAACGGGUGGAAGCGAGAAAUUGGUCAACAGCUGUCGUUUUUCUCAUGCUGACUCAGAGCUGAGAUUGAAGCUGGUGUGAAUCUACUUGUUAUCCACACUGCAAGGAAUAUCCACUGAAAGAAAGUUCAUCCACUAGAUUUGUGGAAGAGGUGAAGCGUACUACUUCCCGCUGUGAGAAGCAUCAACUUACCUGCCUUUAGUGAUUGUUCCAGAAUGUGAAUUGCACAAGAAAGAUUUCACAUAACUACAUGUACCACCCACUGCUGGUUUGGAAAAUCUUCAAGCAUGUACCAUCAGCAGAUACAACAUCUAUGACUGCAUUGUGACGGACUUCAGCCAUAGCACAGCACACCUACAGUAGCUAGAGCCGCAACAAUUUUGAUAUCUCUCAGUUUCCUUACAUUGGUUUCUAACCACUGGUGAUCACAAUGUGACAUCAAACUUUCACUGUCUUCCAAAAAUAUGAGUCAAGCUUUCUGUGCUUCCAAAAGUAAACAUUUUUUUAAAUAGUUGUGGCGAUUCUGAUUCAAUUUUGUUUAUAUGCAAAAGAUUAUCUGGUCUUUCAUUAGCAUUCUUUCCUACUCAGUUUUUCAAGCAGGAAAACAAUGGCAAUAUCUCCUUUGUAUAACUUGUAACACAUAAACACCAAAAUGUUGUAGUGUUGUGCUACAGAAGCUCAAAUCUCAGUGUAUGAUGUGAAGUCAUCCCUUUUGUGCUCUGAAGUUCAUGAUGAGAAACAGUAAAAUGGUUGAAUGGCUCUUAUAACAAUUGGCUAAGGGUUUUACUGAGACCUGUCAAAAGUGCCUUGCUACAACAGCAGAAGCUCACUUAGUGAGUUGAUAGCUGCGAAACACUCGAUAACAUCAAGUCACAUCUUGAGGUUCAGCCCAGCUUGCAAGGAACGCAAACGCAGCAGCAGUUAACAUGGCCAGGUAGCCCGCUGCCUAUGCUCAGCACUGGACCAGCAGAGAGAUUUCAGGUUAAAGACUUGUAUUUUAUGCAGAGAGGAGGGUGACAGGUUUGACGACACAGCAAGUGCCUGCAAGACAGUGAACGCGAUCCGCUUUCAUUGUCUGCCCAAUUUAGGAGGGGCAGUAUGAUAUGGUAUUGGCUGACAUGGCCAACCUUCCUGAGCAUGACUUUGCUCCCACAUGGCUCAAGAUUCCCUCACAACAACAGCAGUCAUCCAAGCCACCCAAUGUAAUUUACAACCAUGGUGUCAGAUCAGGACCUUCAGAAGAACACCAUGACAGAUACAAGUCACGACCCUACUCCACAGACUCACACCAUGGCUAUGGUAGAUCACCAACUCAUGACCAGUUUGGCUUCCGAGGCAGAGACGAGCAUCGUCACUACUCCGGUGCAAGCCAUCGCCAUCAUUCCGUCGAUGAUCUACCGUGGGACCCAGACCCCACGACCCACUGGAAUGUGUCCCUGUUCAACGGUAACUCCAGCAGUAGCUAUGGCACAGGCUACCCCCGCCGAGGUAGCUCCGUCCCUCGGAAUGGCCAGCAGUACUCCAGCAAUGGGCGCUAUGAAGGCAGCGGGUUUGCCUCAAGCCGAGGACACUAUCAGCAAGGGAAACCGGCUGGACCUGGACGACAGAGGUACAACUCUGGACCCAAAAGUGGUUAUUCGGAGCGAGAUGAUCACACCAAUGACACUCCUACUAAGGAGGAGGUGCAAGGGGAUGGACCACAUGACGCAGGAAAGGAAAGCAACAAGAGUGCCUUAUCAAAUCAGGACUUUCCUUCCUUAUCUGGCUCUAGUGAUGAUGUAGAAACAAGUGGAACAUCAAAGACCGGGAUUCCAUCUGGAGCGUGGGAAAAACCACCUGGUACUACCCGCGUCAUCAGUGGCCGCAAGAUGCAGCUGAUUAAGAAAUCAAUUCCAAGUACCUUGGACAGCAAGUCCACAACACGCCCCAUCACCCUCUCAUCCUCAUCGGUGGUGGACACCCCUGCUGGGUCAAAGGUUGGAGGUCAGAAUGGGUCCGCCACUCAGACGUCGAAGGUUUUGGCUUCUUCUAAUGGCAGCUCUAGCGUUGUUCUGAAAUCCAUGACGUCAGUUACUCCCAUGGCUUCCUCACGGAAUAAGGAGUCAGCGAUCAGAUCAGCCCCUGUUCCGCCCAGCCGAAUUUCACCAAUACCUAGCAAACCCUCACCUGUGCCCAUCCUGGGUCGAUCCAUGCCAAUGGAUAUCACUCCUCCACCUGUCCAUAAGGUGUCCAACAACAAGAUCACUUCCAGCAAAGGGCCAACUGACAAAGCUCCCAUCAGCAAGUCACCAAUUACCAAAGCAGUCACCCCCCUCGCCACAAGACCCUCCCUCGUAGACGAGACAAGUUCACGCUAUCAAGACCCUCCUCCCCUCCAACCUGACACCAACAAAGGAGCUACCCUCGCUGAUGUGUCCCUACCUCACAAGACAUCAGCUUACACCACUGCAACACCUGUAAUUGAAGACUGCAUCAAGACAGACCAACCUGCACCGUCAACACCAGCAUGUGUCAUCAGUACACCAGCAACGCCGACAACAUCCAAGUCGUCAGUCACCAAAAUAUCUGCAACUGUCUCCUCGUUCAAGACGCCUGUCUCCAAGUUGUCUACCCAGACACCUUCCAAGCCAAUGUCGGUUACCAAUAUGUCCUCAUCCCUAACCCCAUCCAAGCCCUCGUCUAUUGCCAACAUGUCCUCAAAUCUCAGUAAGCCGAGUUCUCCUGUCUCUCUCUUGGCUUUGACCCCAAAUCGUCCCACGUCCACUGGGGGUCGAUCUGCUCCUGUGUUUGGCAGGCCUUCUGUGUCUUCCAGUCGCCCUUCCGGCACCAUUGUCAACCGAGUGAUAACAGCAUCAUCGAGUACCAGCAGCUCUGUACCCGUCACUCUCCACUCUGCGAGUAACAGGAAGGAGAAGACUAUCACCCCAGGUCAUAGGUCAACACUGACGCCGCUCUCUAAAGAGCCUCCCCCUUCCCUUCCUACCUUUGUUCUUCCCACUGCCCCUUCCUUUGACAUGCCAGCCCCAAGUCCCACCACUCCCAAACUCAAGAAAGGAGACAAGCUGGACUUUCUGAAUGAACUCCGCCGUUCUAGCAAUGGCGACAUAUCCAAAGAGGUCAGUGAAACCAAUCGAGACAACCUGAGAGAGACUGAAGAGAAGGUCCAGAUGAACGGAUCCACAGCUGAACCCAUGACGAUACUAAAUAGAGAACAACUUGACAUUAAGACCAACGGCAUUGACAUCCACGAAGACGUCACAGAGACCGAGAAUAGCUGUGAAGAGGACAGCAUCCCCAACUUCUAUCCGGUCUUCUCUCCAGUCAAGGAUGGGCCAGACAUGUCUAGCAGUCUUGAAGCCGAGAAAAGGCUCCUACAGGAGAUGGGUUGGCACGAACACAGCGACAAUGAAGAGGGCUACGCUCCACUGACUGAAGAUGAACUCAAGGAGUUUCAGAAACGGUCUCAACAGUUGAAGAAGAAUGGUUUGACACGAGCUCUCCCGGCUGCUUUUAACAGUGUUAGCCUGCCUAUUGGUUCCAUCGCCCAAGUUCGUCUGGAUGACGGCUUCACAAGCAGUGAUUCGGACUCUUCAGAUGAUGAAAGCUGAGGGUUAUGCUCAGACUGUUGGUGAAUCUUCAUUGAUGGAGAGUAUUCUUGAUGCAAUUCUUGAAAAUGUUGGACUGGAAAUAAAUCAUAUGGCAAUUGGAGAAAUGACCUUCUACAGUUUUUUGUACCUAAAAGUCUUCAAGAUUUGAAAUGUGUCCCUUAAAAAUGAAGUAAAGUGAACACAACUUUUUGAUAUAAAUACACUCUAUUAUGACAGGUUAGUCUGUGAAGUAGAUUGUUUGGAAUUUCUGUCUGGAAGAAGGUGAUUUGAAGCAAACUUACUCAGCUAAUGAAAAAAGCAAUUUUUGUCUUUUAAGGACAGUGUUUUUCUAUCUUUUGCAAUUGCAUUUUGUAUCUGCCGUGAUUUUUUUUUGAGACUGAAGAUGAUAAUCUAGAAAUUUCCACAUUACGUUUUUUUGCUGUUUCUCCCUCUCGUUCUUUGUCCAGCAUAUUUGCUUGCUUGUUAAUGUUCCACAAAAAUGAUGUACACAGUUCAGGAACCCUUCUCUUUACCAGUUGUCUGAAUUCCUUCCAGGGAGGAAAAUCAGAAGGCAUUUUGGUCAUCUGAAAAUCUGUAGACUUGCUGUUGUUUGCAACAUUUGGCUUCUGUAUGUCUUUGAUAUAGGAAUUUUCAUUCAGACUUCAAUGAGCUUUUGUAGUGCAUCUCGAAUGUGUGCUUUCAAACCUAAAGUUGCAUAUCUUCCUAGAUAAAAGACAAAAGGAAACUAUUAAAACAAAAUCUCAGGAAAAUAUCUGAAACUUGGGUUGAUCAAAUAUGUAGUGGUUGGUAACAGAACAGAAGACAAUCUUUCUGGUUGUAUUUUACUUUUCAAUAUCCCUGAAGCGGUAGCAUUCCUUACUUUUCUUUUCCCCUUCGGUACUAUUUGUUCAAGAUCCUGUACAAAAGAACUGGAACGUUUCCUGGGUUUGGUGUCAUACUAUCAUUUGUCAGACCACAGUUUGUAAAAAUAAAAAAAAACAAAAACGAAAAGUGCAUAUCUCUGUAAAAAAAAUGAAGGGACUCAAGAUAAACAUAAAUGGUGUUUGUAAUUUCAUUAUUUAUAUAGUUAUUCAGUGAAAACAUAUCGCGAUUUGAUAUUUCUGUUAAACCCUAUUUGAUUGAAUGUAUUCAGCUUUAACACCCAAAAAAUGUCUUGUAGACAAAACUUGUUCCAGUAAUUGUACCCGAAUGGUUCACUUUAUCAAGAGUCUUUUUUCACUACAUUAUGAAUGGGCGUCUGAUAUUUUCUUAUCUUCAGAAGUGCUUUACCCUGAAGCCGUAUUUGUCGCAUUUCAAGUUGGAACUUUCAUUCAGCCUUUUGUUUUUUAGAAGUUAAUUUUUGUUUUGGCUUGUGUAUAUUUUUGCCAAGUGGGCACCAAUUUGAGAGAGGUUUGGGGUAAUUUUGGUUGUGUGAGCACAAAUUCUGUAUAAUUUUCUAUAAAGCAAACGAGAAAGAUUCUCAGUAAACACUAGACUGCAUUAGCAGGUGUUAAUGUACAGUGUAAUAUUAAUCCUUGCAAUGAUUGCGAUGUUUUCCCUCAAGACGGAUAAUUGUAACCAAAUAAAACAAUUUUUCUAAUUUUGCUUCGUUUCCUUCUGUCUCAAA